AUGAGGUGUAAAAGAGUUCUCACCUACCUGCGGAUAUUUGGGACAACUAUGUUUGGUGUGUCUCUCCUGGUGGGCAUUUCCACAGCCUACAUCAUGGGUUACCAGUUCUUCACCACAGCCCGCAACCAUCUAUCCUUCGGCCUGUAUGGAGCCAUCUUGGUUGUCCACCUCAUCAUUCAGAGCUUGUUUGCACUCUUAGAACACAGAAACAUGAGGCGGUCCUUAGAGACGCCAAUCAAAUUGAAUAAAUCAUUGGCAUUGUGCAUCGCGGCGUAUCAGGAGGACCCAAACUACCUGAGGAAGUGUCUGGUGUCGGUGAAGAGGCUGACAUACCCGGGGAUCAAAGUGGUCAUGGUGAUAGACGGGAACAUGGACGAUGACUUCUACAUGAUGGAGAUAUUCAAGGAGGUCAUGGGAUGGGACAACGUGGCCACAUAUGUGUGGCGGAGUAACUAUCACAACAAAGGGCCGGAGGAGACGGACGAGAGCUACGCCGAGAGCCUUCAGCACGUUUCCAGGGUGGUGCUGAACAACAAGUGCAUCUGCAUCAUGCAGAAGUGGGGAGGGAAGAGAGAGGUCAUGUACACAGCCUUCAAAGCACUGGGGAGAAGUGUGGACUAUGUACAGGUGUGUGACUCUGACACCAUGCUGGAUCCAGCAUCAUCGGUGGAGAUGGUGAAAGUUCUAGAAGAAGACCCCAUGGUGGGAGGUGUUGGAGGAGAUGUUCAGAUCCUCAAUAAAUACGAGUCAUGGAUCUCCUUCCUGAGCAGUGUACGGUACUGGAUGGCUUUCAACAUCGAGCGGGCGUGUCAGUCCUAUUUUGGCUGUGUGCAGUGCAUCAGCGGACCUCUGGGAAUGUAUCGGAACUCCCUCCUGCACGAGUUCCUGGAGGACUGGUACAAUCAGACCUUUAUGGGAUCCCAUUGUAGCUUUGGCGAUGAUCGCCACCUCACAAACAGAGUCCUGAGCCUCGGUUAUUCGACUAAAUACACAGCACGGUCAAAGUGCCUCACCGAGACGCCGAUUACGUAUCUGCGCUGGCUCAACCAGCAGACUCGAUGGAGUAAGUCUUAUUUCAGAGAAUGGCUUUACAACUCCCUGUGGUUCCACAAACAUCACCUGUGGAUGACAUAUGAGGCUGUUAUCACAGGGUUCUUCCCCUUCUUCCUCAUCGCCACUGCAAUACAACUCUACCAAGGAAGGCUCUGGAAUAUUCUGCUAUUUCUGCUCAUUGUGCAGGCAGUGGCACUCAUCAAGUCGUCCUUCGCCAGUUGCCUCAGAGGUAACAUUGUCAUGGUGUUCAUGUCCUUCUACUCUGUAUUGUACAUGUCAAGCUUGUUACCGGCUAAAAUGUUUGCAAUAGCAACAAUCAACAAGUCUGGAUGGGGAACGUCCGGGAGGAAAACAAUUGUGGUCAACUUCAUUGGUCUGAUUCCUAUAUCGGUUUGGUUUACCAUCCUCUUCAUUGGGAUUAUCUACACAGCAGUUCAGCAGACGAGGACACCAUUUCCUGAUGCCGAAAAGAUUGUCCUGAUCGUUGGGGCAGUUGUAUACGCCAGUUACUGGGUCAUACUAUUGACGUUGUAUACUGUGCUCAUCAGUAAAUGUGGGCGGAGGAAGAAGGAGACGGACUACGAUAUGGUGAUGGAUGUAUGAUCCACAGGUCAUCAUUUGUACUGGAUUCUGGUUUUGGGUUACUUUUGCUCACACCUUGACGUUUUUUUAAAUGCUAAGCAGCUCUGGGGCCCAUUCUCCACGUUCGACCACUGUUAACUGGAUUGAUUUGUUGACCAUUUGGCGUGAUCUAGGAUUUCUCGGUUCUUCGAAGCAGUUGUUCAAUUGGUUGUCACAGCAACAUAUCUGUAAGGUCAAACCUACUCGGGAACAGGUUUAUUCACUGUAAACAGGAUGAGAUGAUGGACAUCAGUGGUGUUAUUUUAGGAAUAUGCCAUUCCUGUGGGAGACACCGGAUGUCCGUUGACCAUAGCAGCAUUCCAACUGGCGUUCAUAUUGCGCAAUCAUCAAGAUAUUUUUGCAUAAUCGGACUCAUUACUUUUAGAGGGGUACCACUUCAUGAAGGUGUCAUUUUAUUAAUUUAUUAAUACUAUUAUGUUACAUAAUACUAUUAAUUUAUUCAUUAUAAUAUUGUAUAGUCAGAUUCUUGGUAUG